AUGACGUCCGUGUUGCCUGAGCUGCAGGCCGUGCAGCCCAUAGCCCAUGUGGUGCUCAUCAUGCUCCUGACGCAUCAGCGCGCUCUCGUGCACAGGGUGCGUGUAUGCCUCGGCAUGGAUCGCCAAGUGGCGCUGGAGGACGAGGCGGACCUGCCGCGCCACCGCCUGCCUCAGCCCGUAGUGGGGGCGCAGCACGAGCGCUACGUAAAGGCCGUGCGCUAUGUGAUGAUGACGAUCGCAGGCACGUUCCUGCUCUCGGGCGUGCUCGUUGCACUCGAGGCCGUGAUGCCGCCGCGUGUGUGGCGGCCGUCCCUGCCGGCAUGGCACAUGAUCCUGGUCCAGGCCCUUGGUGGCCUCGUCGCGUGGGGCCUCUUGACGCUCGUCGUGCUGCGCGAAGAGCAGAAGCAAGUCCCUCUUCGAUCAUGCCGCACGCGCAUGGUCGCCACGCUCGUGCUGGGCUGGGCCUUCGAUGGCACGCAGCUUGUCUGGCAUGCGGCGCUGGCCGACACGGCGCCCUGGACACUCGCUCAGGUCGGCAUCGUGGCGGUGCGUGCGCUUCUUCUAUACCCGCUCCUUCUGUACGUCGCGUUGUGCCAGCGUGUGUCGUACGUGCCCCAGGCGGCGCCCGCCGCGCCCGCGGCGCCGUCCGCCUCCUUCAGCUCGCUGCUAUCGCGUGUGCGGGUCCUGUUUCCGUACCUGUGGCCGUCCCAGUCGCCGAAACUGCAGCUUUUGGCGUUGUCGUGUGUCGGUCUCUUGUUCCUUGGGCGCCUGGUCAACCUGCUCGUGCCGAUGGCGCUGGGCCGCGUCGUCGAGGCGCUGAGCACGCACAAAGAUCCAUGGCUGCCGAUCCUCUUCUUCGCCGCGCUCAAGCUGUUCCAGGGCACAGGUGGCUUGCUGAAUGUCGUGCAGAACCUGCUGUGGUACCCGAUCUCGUGGUACUCGGACAUGCACAUGAGCCGCCUCAUGUUCGACCGCGUGCUGAACCUGUCCAUGUCGUACCACACGCGCCGCAAGACGGGCGAGCUGAUCCGCACGCUCGACCGCGGCACGGCGCUCAACAACUUUUUCGAGUACUUGCUCUUCUCGCUCACGCCCGUAUUUGUCGAUAUCGUGGUCGCGAUUGUGUACCUGUCGAUGACGUUUGGCCCCAUGAUCGGGCUCAUCCUGCUCGCCAUCAUGUGCGUGUACACGUACCUGAGUGUGCGCAUGACGACGUGGCGGACCAAGCUGCGCCGCGAGGUGAAUAGCCGCGACUCGGCGUGCCGCUCGAUCACGACGGACGUGCUCCUCAACUAUGAGACGGUCAAGAGCUACGGCAACGAAGCGUUCGAGUCGGAGCGCUUCGCCACCGCGCUUGGCGCGUACCAAGAGGCCGCGUACCAAGUCAUGCUCAGCCUCCAUAUGCUCAACUUGAUGCAGAAUCUGAUCCUGUCCUUCGGCACGCUCUUCUCGGUGCUGGCCGUGGCGUGGACCGUCGUGUCCGGCCGCACGUCGGCGUCGCAGUUUGUCGUGUUUGUGACGUACCUGCAGCAAGUGUAUGCGCCGCUCAACAUGCUCGGCACACUCUAUCGUGUCGUGAACCAGAAUUUGGUCGAUACCGACAAGCUGAUGGAGCUGCUGAACGAGGACGUCGACAUCCGCGAUGCACCCGGGGCGCCGGAGAUGCAGGUGCCCCACGGCGAGAUUGAGUUUCAGGACGUGCACUUUUCGUACGACAACAACGAGCACAUGGCCCUACGCGGCAUGUCGUUCAAGAUCCACGCGCACCAGCGCGUGGCGCUCGUGGGCGAGAGUGGCUCGGGCAAGUCGACGGUGCUCCGGCUGCUGUACCGCUUCUACGACGUGACACGCGGCCGCAUCCUGAUCGAUGGCCAGGACCUGCGCGACGUGCAGCAGCAGAGUCUGCGCCAGGCCAUCGGCAUCGUGCCGCAGGAGCCAUCCCUGUUUCACACGGACGUGCGCUCCAACAUCAGGUAUGGCGACGUGCAUGCAUCCGACGAGGCCGUCGAGACCGCAGCGCGCGCCGCCCAGAUCCACGACCGGAUAACCGAGUUCCCGCAAGGGUACGACACGAUGGUCGGUGAGCGAGGCGUGCGCCUGAGCGGUGGGGAAAAGCAGCGCGUGGCGAUCGCACGCACGAUCCUCAAAAAUCCCCCGAUCUUGCUGCUCGACGAAGCGACGUCGGCUCUCGAUAGCCAGACGGAGCGCUUACUGCAGUCGGCGCUGCACACGCUCAUGCACGGCCGCUCGUCUCUGACGAUUGCGCACCGCCUCUCGACGAUCAUCCAUUCCGACCUGAUUCUCGUCGCCGACCGCGGUCAGAUCAUCGAGGCUGGCACGCACGAAGAACUGAUCGCUCGCGGCGGCAAGUACAGCGCGCUGUGGCUGCAGCAGAGCAAGACACAGGCCGAGCAGGACGCUGAGCGCAGCGCGGCGCACGCAUGCGCGCCAGCCGCGCCGGAGGCGCCGCCUGCCGACGCACCGCCUGCUGAAGCGGCCCCCAACGCACCACCCGCCGCCAACCCAUCCGCGCCCAUGUCGCGCUCGGCCAAGCGUCGGCAACAGCGCCGCCGCAAGCAUUAG